AUGGAAACCCACCCACUGUCCCACCCCCCAUGUUGCCGAGCUUUCGACGCUGUGGCUUCGGCGCGAACCAUUUGCGGCAGGCGGUUCUACUUUUUCUUGGUCGCUGCACCUCGCGAUCCUCCUACGUCAGUCCUUGUGACUUGCAGCAUGCAAGUGAGUCGCGACAGCACAACGCCUUUCUCGAACCCUUUCUCCCACCAUGUACUUAUGAGAGAGACAUACCCCGCGACAUACCCCACGAUAUCAACCGCGCCCACCGUUGUCGUCGCCGCCGCCGCCCUAUGAUUUCCGCGUCGAGCCCGAAUCCUCGACUCAACAGCCCUGCGUCCUGAU